GAUAAUUACAAACCUUAGCUGACUCUCCACUCUUAAACAUUGGUAUAAUUUUUGCAAUUUUCCAAAGGUCUGGCAGGCAACAAUUUUUAAGAGACCGAUUGAAAAUAAGGAGGAACGUGGAGGGUUACCGAGAGAAAGAACUUGGUAAUAGACAAUGUUGUUACCAGGGACUCUAUUCACUACAAGCGUUGUCUCUGUCCAUGGCCUGGAUAGAUUACCGUGUCUUGCGAUGUCUACCCCACUAGGGAGAUGCAUAAAAGAUAUGUUGCCGCUUUGGCGAACUCGCUUCACCAUAACAUCGGAGUUGGUAAUGCUCAGAAGGGGAGUUUUUCAGGGUGAUUCCCUAAGUCCCCUUUUGUUCUACAUCUCACUGCUGCAGCUCUCCAUUGCCUUAAAGCGGACCUGUGGAUAUAUGUGUGGACCACCAAGCAAUCGGAGGCAUCAGACCACCCAUUUGUUUUAUCUGGAUGAGAAAGAUUCCAAACAAUCUCUCCAGGGUCCAGGAGUAUACACGGGACGUAGACAUGGAACUGCGAGCUGACAAGCGCGCAGUUUUCCAUUUGCGGAGAGGACGAUCGCCGGAGUUCUCUCAAGACGUGCAACUCGCUAACGGAAGCAUCUUCAGAGAUCUGGAUGACAAGAGACAUACAAAUAUCUUGGCAUAGAGCAACAGCGUGCACAUGACGCUCCCAAGGUUAAAGAAACUCUUC